CAGUGGUGGUGAAAUCCUUUCGUGACCACUGCUUGUUUGCAGAUGCGCGAUGGGCAAUCAACUUGCGGGUAUCGCUCCAUCGCAGAUCUACCCUGUAGAACAUUACCUGACCGAGUUACCGGACUUCACUUUCGAGAAAAAUUUGGGUAGCACAAGGUUCUUCAAAGUCGCCCGUGUGAAAAGCAAAGAGGGCCUUGCCAUUGUGAAGGUCUUUGCCAUUCACGACCCUUCCCUUCCACUCGCUCCCCACAAAGAGACGCUUGAAAGGAUACGGCGAGUUUUGUCGGCCGUACCAAAUGCACUCCCUUUUCAAAAAGUUGUCGAAAAUGACAAGGCUGGCCUACUCGUUCGUCAAUUUAUCAAGGAUAACCUCUAUGACCGCAUCAGCACGCGUCCAUUCCUGAAUUCCAUCGAGAAGCGUUGGAUUGCGUUCCAGCUUCUCCACGCUUUAGCGGAAGCUCACAAACUAGGGAUAUGCCAUGGGGACAUAAAGCUAGAAAACAUCAUGGUAACAGGGUGGUAUUGGGUUCUUCUGACAGACUUUGCCAGCUUCAAGCCUACGUACUUGCCAGAAGACAAUCCGGCGGAUUUUUCAUACUUCUUUGACACGUCUCGAAGAAGGACGUGCAACAUUGCACCGGAACGCUUCGUCAAAACCCUCAAUCCUGACUCGAGCCACUACUUACCCGAGGAAGGCAUCGGCACUGGCGAACUGACUCCAGCCAUGGACAUCUUCUCACUUGGGUGUGUCCUCACCGAGCUGUUCACAGAGGGACAUCCUCCAUUCUACUUCUCCCAGCUACUCUCGUAUCGGAGUGGGGAGUACAGCCCGGAUAAGAUACUGGAGAAGAUUGAAGAUGUCGAUCUUCGGGACAUGAUCCAGCACAUGCUGCAGAAAGACCCGAGCCAGCGGCUAUCAGCCGAACAGUACUUGGACCAGCAGAGGGACCGAGUGUUCCCGCAGUAUUUCUACACAUUCCUAGGGGACUACAUCAAGGAGUUCGCCACGCUUGCCCUGUCGCCGGACGAGAAAGUUGCCAGGCUACGGCAAGACAUCCAUGCCAUCCUGUACUCGCUCGUGCUGCCCAAAGGGGCGCAGGCCGGCGAAGCAUCGGUCGGCUGCGAGGGCGACCAUGUUCCACCAUCCACGUUGUCACCGUCCCCGGCGGGAUCUGAUGGUCUCUGCAUCGUGGUGGCCGUCCUCACUUCCUGCCUGCGCAGCCUCAAGCACUGCUCAGCCAAGCUCCAGGCACUCGAGCUCAUCCGCGAGCUCUGCCCAAGGUUGAGCAGCGACAUCAUCCUCGACCGGCUGCUUCCGUACAUGCUGUACCUCAUCAACGACAAGUACCCGAGAGUUCGGGCUGCAGCCGUGGAGACGCUGACAACCUGCCUGACGCCAAUCGACACCUUGCCUAGGAGGUGACGUUGCUUCUGUGACAAAUUUCAAAUGACAGGGCUGACAGAUGCCUGUUUUUUUUUUCUUUCCAGUGAUGCUAACGUGUUUCCGGAGUACAUCUUACCAAACUUGAUACAUGUCACCUUGGACAGUGCUGUGAUUGUGCGGAUGGCACUUGCAGAAAACAUUGCGCUCCUGGCCGAGACUGCACUCAGGUUUCUGGACCUGAGCACUCAGCAUGAGGUGUCUUCUCCGGAUGGCACAAACGUCGAGCCACCUGUGCAGGCACAACAUCACCAUCAAGGUUCGUACGAUACUGAGCUUCAGGCCCUCCAGCAUAUGGUUCAGCAGAUGGUGUCCACUUUGCUGACCGACUCCAACAACAUAGUCAAGCAGAUGCUUCUGGAAAAAGGGAUCACACGGUUGUGCUUGUUCUUUGGCCGGCAAAAAGCAAAUGAUGUCUUGCUGUCCCACAUGAUCACAUUUCUGAAUGACAAGGAGGAUAGGCAUCUGAGAGCUUCGUUCUUCGACAGUAUUGUUGGCGUUGCAGCUUACGUUGGAUGGCAGUGCUCGCCCAUUUUGAAGCCUCUCUUGCAACAGGGUCUUGCAGACACGGAGGAGUUCAUCAUCAGCAAAGCGCUCAAGGCUCUCACCGAACUUGCCGAAAUGGGUCUCUUCAGAAAACAAAUGCUUUACGAGCUUACGGCUGAGACCAUUCCUCUUCUAUACCACCCUAACCUCUGGAUCCGGCAGAACACGGUCGGCUUCGUGUGUGCAGUCACCAAGACCUUGUCGCUCGCGGACACCCAGUGCAAGCUGAGGCCCAUGCUUCAGCCUUACCUCAAGCGUUCAGUCGUUGAAAUGGACAAAGAGGUUGCCAUGCUGAAUGCCCUCGAAGAUCCUCUCCCACGGAGCCUUUACGACUAUGUGGUGAAGUUGGACGCUCUCCCUAGUCUCCUGGAAGACCUGCGUAAUCGACAGGUCAUGCGAUCCAUAGUGAGGGGGAAGCACCAGCCGCCUUUACCCAACGUAGACCACCAGCUCAAGUCGGUUUACAGGAGACUUCAGUCAGAUGGUGUGACAGAGGCCAUGGAAGACAAGAUUGUGGCAAUGAAGGAGCACCUCGCUAAGAUACACAAAUAUAAGAGAAGUGCUUCAGAGUCUGAAAAUGUGGACGCAAAGCUCCGAGGCGGUGAGAUCGACCUGGAGAAACUCUACAUGUCAAACAGAUGCCAUAGCACAGACCUGCUCACACUCAAAAUUGGCGAUGAGCCUUCACAGGCUCUCUUGCAUAGCAGAUCUUACAGAAAGAAGGGACCACCCAUUGAAUCUCCCCAGGUCACCAUGAACGAAGACUGGCAACGGAUGUUUGGCAAGAUUGAACUGCGGGAACAGUCCCCCUUGAAACAGACACAGCCACUGCCUCAGCAGCAUUCGCCAGCCGGAGACGGCGACCCAAAUAUGGAGCUUCAUGUUUCGGGGGCCGAGUCGGCCGAGUCUGCGGCGCCAUCCGAAAACACCUCUCCGAAGCAGCCGCAAAAAAUAUUCACCGGAAUCACCAUAGACACAGCCACAGUUCACUGCCUGUCGUGCCAAGCGGAGUUGCAGCUUCUUCUGAACAAGAAGCGGACAGAGUUUGCCCGGGAACAGACGGUGAGGGAGGCCAUCGAUGACCCGGCACGUGAAGACCGGCCCCUGCCGCCAAAGUGGAGACCGCGCGGAACAUUGGUGGCCCACAUGCACGAACACAAGGGGGCUAUUCACAGGCUGCAGGUGAUCCCGAACACGAGCCUGUUUGCCACAUGCUCGGCCGACGGCCUGGUCAAGAUAUGGGACUGGGGCCGCAUGGAGAAGAAAGCCAUCGCUAACCGGUCUCGCCAGACCUACGCCAGGAUGGAUGGACAGGUUACAUGCAUGACUGUGUGUCAGAGCAUGCAGUCCUUGGCUGUUGCCUCAGAUGCAGGCACCAUACAAGUAUUCAGAGUGGAGGUCAACAGCAAUAAGACAAGCCCACUGAAGACCCGCUCUUUAGACCCACACGAGGACGGCUGUGUUGUGGACCUGCAGCAUUUUGACACAGGAUUGCAAUCUGUGCUCGUCUAUGCCACCGUGUAUGGCUCAAUCAUAGGUUGGGAUCUGCGGUCACCUAGCACUGCUUGGUGCUUUGAAAACAACCCUAGGCAUGGUGUGAUUACAUCGUUCUGCAUUGAUCCUCAGCACAACUGGCUCGUGUGUGGUACCUCCGAGGGAAAGCUCAUUUGCUGGGACAUGCGAUUCCAGCUGCCAAGCACCACUGUCAGCCACCCUGCCGGUGCUCGUGUUCGUCGGGUGAGCAUCGACCCGUUGUACCAGUCUUGCGUCUGGGCUGCCGUCGAGGGCAACAAUGAAGUCUCGCUUUGGGACCUGGAGACGCAGGCUCGGCUGCGCACACUUUGGGCGAGCAUGUCUCCGCCACUCAGCGAGAAACAGGCAUCUUCUUCUGCGCCCGUGCACUCAGUGUACAGCAUGUACAUCAGCCCUCUGGAAUGCGGGCCGUUUAUGCUCACAGCUGGCUCCGACAUGCGCAUCCGACUCUGGGACAUCAACAACCCACUGGCGUCGCACGUCGUGGCGGGUUCGGCCACGGACACCCUGACACCGUCCUUCAGCUACAAGUCGAAUCUCAUAGACGGGACAAAGGUGAUCCAGGAAGUGUACAGCAGUCGUCCGAGAAAGGAUCAGCCCAGCUCGGAGCAACCUAAGCGUUAUCCCGAACAGCCGCCAACUGGCCACAAUGACUGCAUCAGUGACAUUGGCAUUGUACAGACGAGCCAAACGUUCAUAGUAUCCGCGUCCAAGAACGGCGUUGUCAAAGUCUGGAAGUAACUGCAUUGCGCGCAUUAGGCAGAGGAGCAACGUUCCUUCUGUGCACAUGUGUGUGUGUGUGUGAAACUUUAGUGUGAAUGGAGCUGUCACAGCAUUACAGUGCAGGGGAGGUUCCAUGUGCUGUGUUGUGGUAGUAUGUUGUUCUGGUGUGUUUUAAGUUAUUCAUCGUUUGCUGCGGAAGCACGCGUGUUCACUCAAGACUGCGUUUAGCACAUCUCGCCUGUAACAGUAAAGCAUGUAAUGACGUAGGUUUCAGAGACGUCGCAUGUCCCGAGGCAAGUGUGUGUUGGAAAGACAUAAUACCUGUGUGUAUAGGGCGAAUUGAAUGACAUUAGUAGAUGCCUAAGGAUUCAGCUGCAAAUGGCACUUGUGUGCUGCCACGUGGACUAGUUUUUCUUUUUACGAAACCUUACGUUAUUGGUGGUAUGCCAAACCGCAAAUCUGCGCAUCGCUGUACAUGUGCCAAGCACAUUGCUGGUAUUAGUCAACAUAAAUAUGCAGCUAUUUCCGGGUAUCUAGACAAACAAGAACAGUAAAAUGCUUUUUAGAAGGUAAACUUUAUGCAUGAAACGUGCCUAUUGAUACUUUGCAAUGUUAACUGAACAGUGCUGAAUUUUGAAAGCUGCGAGUGUAGUCGUCACAUUGACGACAACAUGCAUUGUCAUGCCAUUUAUUUGUUAUAUGCACACGUGGCAGCAGUUGAUACGGUAGACAAAUAAUUACAUUAUUGUCGCUGCUUGCGUGACACAGGGCUAGUAAAUGAAAAAUUUAGUGAGCGUGUUUACAGUUACGAAUGAUAGCUAUAAACCACAACUUUGUUUCUUGUACAUAUAAACUUUCUUUUUUACAGUUUGAAAACUAGAACACUGUACAUUUUACUCUAAACUGGACUGCCUUUAAAGUAUUACUGUUGAUCUAGAGUAUCCCAGCCCAAAAACAAAUGUUAUUUAAAGCAUCAAAGGUUCCUUUCUGUAUGUUUGAAACUGCCUGUCAAGUCUUCCUGGCUUUUGAUUUCCCUCUGUGUGGGACCUUCGAAUGAAGCCAUAAUAUUACAGCCACUUUGAAAAUUUUGUUUUGAAGAAAAGGAAACAAAUGAGCAGACAGAUAUAUGUGGAAUCACGUCGUUUAAAAUGCCUUUAUUGUACUUCGGCUCCCUCACACAUUCUUUUUCCCAACACUUUCACAGUAACACUAAUGACAUUUUUCACGCACAUGGUGCUUCCUAUGCCGUCUCCAUGUACUAUUCAUAUAAACUUGUGACAUUAAAAGAAACAUUUGUUCCCA